CCUGGAGAAGAAGACAGCUGGACUAGAAGUAGGGAUCGGAUCGCUGGUGGAUCGGGAGGGAUGAGAUGGUCGAUAUCAUGAGGAUUCAAACGUUCACCACAGCAAACAUUCCCACCCAACCAAGUCUGGCAGAGAGAAAUCUUCUCGCAGUCCAUUAUGUGUCACUACCCUGGACAGCAACGUGAAAAGCUCGUGUCGCGUGGGAUUUCGAGAACCUUUGGCUUCUUAUCGGGAAGUCCUGUCUUCAGAAGAGAAGGGUCCAAUUUCCAGACUAAAGAACAAUUGUCAAGAAGAAGCAAAGGACUUUGAUAGCACACGCUCCUCUGCUGUGGACGAGACCUCUGUACGCUUCCUAAAUGAUAGACUGGCCAUUGAUAAUUUACAUUGGCAAUUGCAUCCGUCUCAUAUUGACCUCAGCAAUGACUACAGGGCUGCGCCCCCUACAGACCCUUCCCAGCACCACCCCUCAGUCAGCCCUUUAAGUAACAGAUUAGAGACCUUAAAAAGGAGGCAACCUGAUGCCAAACUAGAGAAACUGAAAGAGAGAAUCCGGAGACAGUGGGAACUCUCCGAGGGUCGGGAUAACAGAGAGCGUCUUCCAGAAGCAAUAAAUUUCACAGACAAUGCAACAACCACAACAACAAGAAAAGUAACCGCUGCUCCACCAGCUCCAUCUUAUCGAGGCUUUAACCCUCCAGAAACCAAAAUUCGGACCCCAGAUGGCAAGGUUUGGCAGGAGGCUGAGUUUCAGAACCACAGUGCACAGUUACAUGGAACUUUGCCGACCUCAUUCCAGGAGGGAACGCCGUCCAAUGAGAAGUCACACUCAAAAAGAACAUCCAGGCCAGUGCGGAAAGUUCAGAGAUUGGCAGGAACUGGUGGAGGAGCAAGUCCUGAUGGAAAGACUGGGCAUAUUAUCAGCACGUCGUCAUGGAGAGAUGGACAGAAACUGAUCAAGCAAAUCUUAGGCCCUGCACCCAAGGCUGAAAGAGAAUCAAAGUCUAAUGACCAUCAGGCCGUCAAAGGAGCAACAUCGACUGAUGGUCAGGCUGCCAAGAGACCGGUAUCAAAAGAAAGGAACCCUGACAAAAGGGCUGUGCCCAGUGAGCGACAGAAGGAAACACGCUCCAAGUCAACUGAUAGACUCCUUCACAAAACGAACGCAUCCAAAGAGGGGCCAAGGGAGGAUGGAGACAGACUCCUUAAACCAGGAUCCUCCUCAAGCCGGUCAGAUUCACGUCAUGCUCAAAAGUCUAGUAGAAGCCAAAUGGACACCACAAGCAAAAACAGAAGUUCCCACUCUGUGGAGGAACAAAAACCUCAGGAUGUUUCCACAGAAGUGAAGAAAGAUUUCUUGCCAGUGGAAAUCAGAGGCAUUUUAGACGACCUGCAGCUGGAUAGUGGUUUAGAUUGUGCCAAGCAGACUCAGAAGAGAAGCCACAGUCCAACCAAAAGGAAGUCCGAGAAGGGACAGGUCUCUGAGGAACCGCAUGCUUCUUCUAAAAGGAGACAUUAUGACUCUGAGCAGGUACGGCAGUACAUUGUGCGCCAGCAGGAAGAAAGAAAAAAGAAGCAGAAUGAGCAGAAAGCAGCCCAGCGGCAGGCAGAGGAACAGAAGAAUAAGCGCCUGCAAGAACUUUAUCAGAAACAAAAAGAGGCUUUCAGCAAAGCAAAAAAUGUCACAACUGUGCAAAGAGAAAAUGAAGCUCAGGAGCCAUCAAACAAGUCUUUGGAUCUGAAUUUACCUCGGCCGCGGGAAACUUACAGCAAACUGCUGCUGGGAGAGACUUGGCCUCCACGGAUUGAACAUGAGAAACAGACUAAGCCUUUGUAUCAGCCGUCUGGUGAAUCUGACAAAGAAAACAAGGGCCAGGAAAGACCACCCAGUGCCUCUUCCAGCAGUGACCUCUCUCUCUCUGAGCCUCUACAGCCUCUCCUCCGGAGUGACCUUAUGGAGGCGUACUGUCCAGACAAACUGACAUCGAAGGGCACAUUACCUCAAUCUCAGUUUCUUACUCUGCCGAAAGACUUGGAAUCUCUGCUUAACUCAAGAAAAAAUAUGGUGAACAUGGUUCCGGGGACUCAGAAGAUGAACGUACAGUUUAAGGCGUCCACUGAUUUUAAGAGCAACCUGGAUCGGAUAGAGUCUUUGAAAGCGACGGCGAUGUCCCUGUCUUCUAGAAUUGAAAAUGAAGCUAAAAAGUUGGCUGGGGGUUCUCUUACGUUGCCGUUAGCUUGGUCCUCCGAACCUGAACCAAAACAGUCAGUAAAAAUAGCAUGGAGAAAACCGGACAGUCCUCCAGAAAAAGAGAGCAGAGUGGAUGCGUUCUCUAAUAGGAUCCAGAAAAUGCUCAGCACAUGUUCUAGUCAUUUCUCCCAGGAUGACCUUCCCGGGGCGAGCCAUCUAUACCGAAAGCUUCCGGAGGAAUUGACGGCUCACACAUCUGCUUUACUUGUGAGAUACGAGGACAAGGAAGACAAAUUUGUGCAAAAAGCUGAACAGAGUGUAAUAUCCUCAGGAUUGCAGAAGAAGACGAGCCCUAAUUCCAGUACUAGCUCCAUCAGUGAAGGGCCCAUUAUGAGUGAAGACAGCUUUUCCGAAGGAGAAGGGCAGCCUAGGCAUGCAUCGCAGCUGCACCCGGCAGAAAGUCUUAAAAAACCAGAGUACUGUAUGAAGGAUUACAGACCCUUUGCUCCAUUUACUGAUUUCCAGUUGGAAGCCGCUAAAUAUCCACCGCUGGCUUCCAAUGUGAGACCCGAUUUCCAAGGCCCCUGGGAAGAGCUGUCUAAAGGAAGUCCUCACAGUGUUAUCAACAUCUUUACCAGGACGUUCCAGCAACACGGGAAAGAUCUUAACGGUUAUGAAGCAAAUGAACCAGGUUUCCGGCCUGUAUCGUCAGCCAGCAGUCCUCAGAACAGUCUCUCCUAUGCCGAUGACUUCAUUUCGUCUCAUGUUAGCGGGUCAGCGACAGAUUCUCAGAAAGACGCUCCUCACAGUGAGAAUAGCAGUGCCUCCAGCGCCAAGGAAGAACUACCUCUUGUCAAAUCUAGAAGUGAAGCUUCACCACACUCCUCACAUCCUCCCUCUGCUGCUUCAUCUCCGUUGUCGACAUCAUCUCAGAGGGGCAGCACAAAACGAAAGGUUUGGCAGAAUAGCAGCUCUCCACUCUCUGUGAAAGUGGAGCAGAACUCGUCUGGUUCUGAAAACAAAAGCCAAGGGAGCAAACAGACAUCUCCGGUUUUGUCUGCUGGCAAAGAUGGACCGCCAGGAUCGGACUCCGAUAGCACAAUGGGUGACAUUUCUUCUCCUUCUAUCUCAAGCCACAUGUCUGAUACUGGAAAAGAUAUAAGGAGUCAGCAGUCCAGUUUUAAGGAUGUAGCGGGACAAGUACCAACAUCUGGACACCAAAUAGGAUCACAAGCACCACUUUCAGUAACAGAGACUGGGCAAGACGCUAUGCGGUUCUCCCCUGCUGGGUUACACCAACGUCUGUCUGCUGAGCUGAACUAUCUUAGUGCCAUGGAAGAAUCUGUUCGGCAGCUGUGUGAUGUAGAGCGUGUCCGUGGAAUUUCUUUGGCGCAGCAGGAAUCUGUUUCCCUUGCACAGAUACUAAAGGCUCAACAACAACGUCAUGAGCAAAAUAUGGCUGCACUAAGGCAGCAGGCGGAGCAGGAAGCGCAAGCAAGUAUGAGACAGCUGGAGGAGGCUCGACAGAUAGCAGCAAAGACACAAGCAGAAAUGCUUCAACGCUUUCAAAAGACAAUAGAGUCAUGUGCCUCCCAGAAUAUAAACAGACUACAUGAGGAGCCAGACCGUAGUUACUUGUCUCCAGCCAGCUCCGAUCAUGCUGUUUCAUCUCCUUCAGACCAGCAAAAACGGCAACGAUCCCACGGGACCAGAAAAAAAGGCUCUCGUUCUGCCUCCCCAUCUUCUCUACCUCCCAGCAGCGUGUCCAGCUUCAAAGAGCAGUCACACAGCAGCAGCAGUAGUAGUGAGCAGGACAGUCAACCAGCGUCAUCAAUCAAAGAGGAAACACCAAGUCACAGGACCGCAGAGGGGAGCAUUUCUGAGGAAUUGCCUACUCCAGAACGCAGUGCAACAAAGGGAGACACCAGCUUGUCCAUUGAUGACAAAGGUGCAAGCUCUGCAGAGCCUAGAAAUGAAGAGGGCAUUGAGGAGUUAUCAUUCCGUUCCCUGCUGCCUUCUGAGUCCCACCGACGAGGGAGCUUGGAGAGACAACGGAGCCGUCGACAUGAAUCUGAUGAAGAAAGUACUCCUGAAAAGGAGAUGAGUGGUCCUUUUUCCAGUGGACAAGACAGUUUCUGGAAGUUUACCAUGGAGAUGGUUCGCCAGUACAUGCAGGAAGGAGAGAUGCGCUCAGCCCACCAAGCUGCUCUUCUUCGUCUGCGCCAGAAAGCGCUAAAAGACAAGACAAAAGCAGAACUUGCAUGGCUUGAACACCAAAAGAGACGUCUCCGUGAUAAAGGAGAGGAUGAUAAAAUGCCCCCAUUAAGGAAGCGGCAGCGUGGUCUUUUGCUAAGACUGCAGCAGGAGCAGGCGGAGAUCAAACGUCUACAAGAAGCAAAUAAAGCAGCUCGUAGAGAGAGGCAGCUUAUCCUGAAACAGCAGGAGGAGAUACAGCGGAUCCAGAACAGCACCCUGAGGCUCCAGGAGAAACUCAAGUCAGCAGAAAGUGGGCAGCUGGUUACCCAGGAGCCACCCAGCGAGGGGGACAUUCAGCCUAGUCCAUUAUCCAGCCACGAUCCCUCCGAUGCUGAGAGCCGUAGUCCAUCCCCGGUGUCAGUCUCUGGUAGUGAGACUAGCAGCAUCAUGCAGAAACUGCGCAAAAUGCAUAGCCACAUGGAUGCCAAAGACAUCUGCCCUGUUCACUGCUUCUUCUCUGUCUUUACGCCCCAGCACUGGGCCUCUCUCAGUGUGUGCUUUCCCAAACUUCACCCCAAAUUCCAGCUCUAUAUCUGCCGCCAUCUGCUCAGAUUCUUGACCAAGCGGGAACAGCAGCUGGUGCAAAGAAGGUUACAUGCACAGGAGCUUCUGGAGUGGAAAAGGAGGUUGGAUGCCGAAGAGCUGGAAAUUAGGCAAAUUGAAAAGCAGGCUUUAGCUGCUUGGGAUAAUCAAAGGGUAAAAACCAAGGGCCAAAGUACUGAGGAUCCACAAGCUGCCGAAGAAGAUAAAAGAAACAGGGAAGGCUCCUCGGCCCCGCCAAGUCCUACUAUCCAGACCAGAACCUCUUUGAGUCCUCCUCCAGAAUACUUGUUUUCUGAGAGCGUUGAGCCAUCAACCAUUGCUGAACAAAUUAAUGAGCAGAGUGGGGAACAAUGUAGCAUUUCUGAAGAGUUGGCUGUAUCCGGACCCAGCAAAAUGUCUCCUGCAAGAAGCAGUAAAUCGCCUGGAGAAUUUGAAUCCGGCAAGGAAAGUGUAAAGACUGGGCGACCGAAAAUUCACAUCACCCUCAGACCUCACCAACUCUCUCACACCUGGUCUGAAGAAUCAUUGUCCAUCACACAGUCAGAGGCUACAUCUGAUCAAAGUGACAUUGAAGGCCGUAUACGUGCCCUAAAGGAAGAGCUUAAAAAACGUAAGUCUGUUGUGGAAAACCUAAAAAGAGAGCAAAGGAGAAGACAAAAAGAAAGAUUGCGAGCACAGGAAGCGAUAUUACUUCAACAACUUCAGUCAUAUGAUGAGUACAUCCAGAAGACACAAGCAGAACUGAGUGGGGAACAAGGCCCAGUACCCAGCGUUAAAAGUGUGCAUAAAUCAUCCAGAGAGGCAACCCCUCUACGACCUGAUUCUUUCCAGAGAACUGACAGCACAACGUCCUAUAAGGUUGAAAGUGAACAUGUAACGGAGAUCAGCUCCCGAUCCAGUGUAGAAAGCACAAGUCCUGAGAAAUCCCUGUCCAGUGAAAAGGAGGUUGUGACUGAGAGCAUCCAUGAUAAAUCUGCACCUACACCUGUCGCUUUCUCGGCCAAGGAAGAUUUCCCCAGUGCCGGUCCUCCUUCUCCUACAAUCAGGGAGCCUUUAUUGUCUACACAUGACAGCCCAGUUUCCAGCAUCCAAUCAGAGAUCCCUGAGGACAUGUUGGACACACAGAGCAACAGAUCUUUCUCGCCACUUCCAGCCUUGGACCUUAAACUAGGGAGUGAAACCCCAGAAGAAAAUGUUUCCCCUCACAGAGAUCGUUCUUACUCUGAAGAUUUUGAGACCUCUACAGCUUUUAAGCAUUCAAUGUCUGAAACUCCACGGGAAGAAUUAGAUGUUUCGUAUUCUACUACACCAGGAAGGGAUAUAUCUGUCGAAGGGUUUUAUGAGCGAGAUGAUGAACAUAGUGAGCCUAAACCGUCAAGUCCUAACUUUCAAGGCCUCACAGAAUUAAAGCUGUCCUCCAACGAAAUACCACCCUCCACUCUACUUGCAGAAUUUAAGCUAGGAGAUCGAGUCUUGGUGAGCGGCGUACAGCCUGGCACACUGCGGUUUAAAGGGGAGACAUUAUUUGCGGAUGGUGUAUGGGCUGGGGUGGAGCUUGACAAAGCAGAAGGUAACAAUGAUGGCUCACUUGAAGGCAGUCGCUAUUUUGUUUGUUCACCACUACAUGGAAUAUUUGCACCACCUCAAAAGAUUACAUUGCUUUCUUUGGAGGAACACGUAGUAGCUUCACUAGAAGUCGGUAAUAACGUGGAAACCUGUCUUAAACCCAAGGAACAAGUUGAUGAUGUUACUCCCUUAGUUGAUGACAUUGAUUCAAAAGGCCCAGCAAAGACCCCUUUGAAAAGCACCGAGUCUAGCCUUUCUGAAUCACAAAAGACAUUAAUAGAGCAAGAGCUGCAGGUGGAUGUACUCCCAGAUACCUCCAUUCCUAAUGAGGAAACCCAGAAGUCAAAGCUCCCUCUGCUGGAGCUGACUGAAAAGUACAGUGAGGACAAAGUAAAUAAGCAAACACCAGAAGUAAGCACACUGUCAGAUAGUCUUCUACAAGCCUGUCUGAAGGAUACAGUUUCUUACCUCCAAAAUAUACGCAAACAAAGGGCACAGAAAAUUGAACAAAGCAACCGAGAACUGUUUAGAAUUGACAGCGGUGACCUGCACAAAGAGGAAGAAACGUCUCCAAAAGAGGAUAAAUACCUAAAGUUGGAUUCUUUACACAAUGCCUUUGUUGAAAAGGACGUGACAGAGUUUGAGCCAAGUCGUAACAUCCUUUCUAUCCUUGGGGAAGAACCAGAUUGGUUUGAUGAGGAUUUUGGAUUGAGCAGCCGAAAAAAUCAACAGCUUGAACUGGAACGUGCUCUCUCCUCUGAUCCUUUGUUAGACCAAAAAACAAUAGUACCUCGCCUUGAACCAGCCCCAAAGUCUGUUCAGUCAUUGUCCCCACCAGAGCUCAUCUUUGCUGUUCCUCACACUGUGCCAGAGGUAGAACAGCUGCUGGAGGUGGCAGUGGACAAGUUGUGGGAAUGGAAGCAGCUGAGUGGAGACCUUCAGGGGAUCAGAAAUGAUUUUACCCAAAACGUGGAGGAGCAGAGCCCAGCGUACAUUGCCUAUAAAGAAAUGUUAUUUGACCUGACUUUAUACAUAUUAGAAGAGAUAUGUUCUCCAGACCCCCGAGGAUCUCAGCCUCUGUGGAAGAAACCGAUCCGGGUGACUUCAUCUUAUUCCCGCCGAAUAAAAGAUCACAGUAACAUGAAGGAAGUGAAGUCCUUUGUGAUAAGUGAAGUUCUCAAUCUCCUGAGCCUAAGGAAAGAACAUAAUCAUAAAACAGACUGGCAGAGGAUGAUGAAGUUUGGAAGGAAAAAGCGAGACAAAGUGGAUCAUAUCUUGGUCCAAGAGUUGCACGAGGAAGAGGCGCAGUGGGUGAACUAUGACGAGGAUGAGCUGUUUGUAAAAAUGCAGUUGGCUGAUGGAAUAUUCGAGGCCUUAAUACGUGACACUAUACAGGUCCUUCAGAGCAUCCAGAACAAGAAGAACCAGACCUAUCACGUGUGAAUAAUCACUUGCCAGGUCCUGUAGCCUGCAGUAACUGUGGAUGCACCAUCUCUCCUUACAUGAGGGGAAGUAGUCUCUUGUCUGGGCUGUUCCUGAAACAAUGAGCCAAAUCCUGAAGUGUAAACCUUAUUCUCUGGUCAGAGAAAGUGAAAAAGGAGGAUUUGGAUUGCAACUCAACCUCCUCCUGUAACUAGAAAGUUCUGGACUUUAUGCUACAAAGAACCUUUUACAUUUUGUUUUGGACUUGAUUUUAAAUUAUUUAUUAAUUUUCAAGGAUCGGAAAUAGAAGAGACUCAUUUAGUCUCUUGCUGUGACACUUUCCCUGUUGGUCUUAAGGCCAUUUACAGCGCAAGCAGACUGUAAUAGCCAUCAGCAAGCUGCAUCUAGCUGGGUGGCUUGCACGAUGAAGCUUUGUGGUAGUGGAAAUGUCAGAUGUUCUUCAUCAGUACAUAAGGGUGUGAUACUGAUACGGUGUAACCUGACAUGGGUGUGUAACGCUGCCUCAUCAAGUGCCCUUACCUACCUACCUUGCAAUACUUGAAUUGUUGGGUGUACAAUACAAUGUAUAGGUGAUAGCAGUCUCCCUAGAACGUUGGCAUGAAAAAUAAGUUUCCUCAGAUACACAGAUUAAUCUUAGGAUAAUUGUGUAAGAAAACUAUCAUUAUAAAAAGGGCGUAUCCUCCAGGAUCAACAUAAUGUCAGAUAUUUAGCAUUAAUUCCAUGUGUUUUUAAGAGUCAGCCAAUUCAUUGCUUUCCUUGCAGUGAUGACUAUUGAUCUGUAGUUACAGAAUUUUCAGUAACUCGUAGCAAUCACUUUGCAUGAUGUAUAUCCGGAGGAACAUUUUAUAUUCUUCUCAAGUUCAAUUUCAUCCUCCAACAUUCACUGAGCUAACAAACACUGUGUGUUCAAGCAGCUCUUCAUGACAUAUUCAGUCUGGUAGAAGUCACAAUGACCAUCAGAUAUUACUGCUGCUCUUAUGAAAACAUUGCUGUCCAGGAACACUUUUAUGAAGUGGUCCCCGGCAGGACCUUACAUACAGUACUUCAGACUGAUGUCAAGAAAAACAAUCAGGUGAACUGCUCCAUGGGAGACGUAUGUUUUCAAUGGCUCCACGUGAAAUGCUUUGAAUCACAGCCAUAGAACUUGGCUAAUUUGUUUGACCGUAUUAAGCUCUUCCAUGUAACAAGUUGUAGGUAACUACAAAAGAUUCCAGUAAAUCUUUUGCAGUGUCAGCACAGCUUUAUUGCUUGUUUUCAAUAGGAAAACUUAAUACUUAAAAAGUUGAAUAUCACCAUAGUGCAUUGAACAGUAUGCACAGAGUCAGUGUCAGAGAUCAGCAUGUCAUGACUUUCCCAACUGCUAUAGAAACCAGAUGCUAGGAAGUCCGCCUCAACAUCUGGAGGGACACCGGCUGCAUAGUUGUUAAUCUGUCCUAGUCUUUGUAGCAGCGGAGUGACGUACUCUUGCAUCCGCUCCCUGUUCCUCCAGUGCUGGUUACAGCUCAGGGGCCACUUGUACCUGUCACCCAAAAUGCUGCAUUGUAAAGUCCCUUGCUUUGUAUAGCCUUGUGAAUAACCUGCAGGAAAAUGUACAGUAACAAAGUAAAGCUGUAAAUAAAUAUUGAUUUAUACAUCUGAC